GCGUUUAAGCAUUCGAUUCAAGUGUCGCAGAGAUUUUCGUCGACUCGCCGCGCCCAUUGGACGUUGCAUUUUAUAUUUUUGUUUUUGCCGACUUCUCCAUCGUUGAUAUCUUAUGACAUUUCCUAUCCAGACGAGAGAACUUCACUUAAUGUUGAAUCUUCUGAUAUGGAGCACUCAGCAUUCAAGCCAUUGAUGAUCCGCCAGGCCAGCCUCACCCGCUUGGGCUCUAUGCUGAACACUGCCGUUGGAAACAGCAAGAAACCAGCUAAUGGCGAAAUCCAGUGGUGUUUCUCUCAAGUUAAAGGCACACUAGAUGAUGAGAUCACAGAAGCUGACAUCAUCUCCUGUGUUGAAUUCAAUCAUGAUGGAGACUUGCUGGCCACCGGUGAUAAAGGUGGACGAGUGGUCAUCUUCCAGAGAGAUCCAGUGUCCAAAACUUCAGUACCUAGACGAGGAGAAUACAAUGUCUACAGUACUUUCCAGAGUCAUGAACCUGAGUUUGAUUACCUCAAGUCGUUGGAGAUUGAAGAAAAGAUCAACAAAAUUAGGUGGCUAAGGCGGAAGAACCCAGCUCAUUUCCUCCUGUCGACAAAUGACAAGACAAUCAAAUUGUGGAAAGUUUCUGAACGAGACAAGAGAGCAGAAGGGUACAACUUGAAGGAUGAGACAGGUGAAAUGAAGGACAGAGGGGUGUUGACAGGACUGAGGGUUCCUGUGUUGAAACCCAUGGAACUCAUGGUUGAAGCAUCACCACGUCGUAUCUAUGCGAACGCACACACGUAUCACAUCAAUUCGAUCUCCGUCAACUCUGAUGCCGAAACGUAUUUAUCUGCUGACGAUUUACGUAUCAAUCUGUGGCAUUUGGACAUUACGGAUCAGAGUUUCAACAUAGUCGACAUCAAGCCAGCCAACAUGGAAGAGCUCACUGAAGUCAUCACGGCCGCUGAAUUCCAUCCGACCGACUGCAACAACUUCGUGUACAGCUCCAGCAAAGGCCUCAUACGUCUCUGCGAUAUGCGGAUGGCCGCUUUGUGCGACCGACAUGCCAAACUGUUCGAAGAAGCAGAAGACCCGGCCAACCGCAGCUUUUUCUCCGAAAUUAUUUCUAGCAUUUCCGACGUGAAGUUUUCCCGCUCUGGCCGUUACAUGCUAUCCCGAGAUUACCUCAGUGUGAAAGUGUGGGACUUGCACAUGGAAACGAAGCCGAUCGAGACAUAUCCAGUGCACGAGUACCUCCGUUCGAAACUCUGCUCUCUUUACGAGAACGACUGCAUCUUUGACAAGUUCGAGUGCUGCUGGGGCAACAACGACCAAGCAGUUUUGACGGGCUCAUACAACAACUUCUUUCGUAUGUUUGACCGUACCACUAAACGCGAUGUCACACUGGAGGCGUCACGGGAAAUCGCUCGGCCUAAGACAACUCUCAAAGCUAAGAAGAUCUGCUCUGGAGGUAAACGGAAAAAGGAUGAGGUCAGUGUCGACAGUUUGGACUUCAACAAGAAAAUACUUCACACGGCUUGGCAUCCAACCGAGAACAUCAUUGCAGUCGCGGCCACCAACAACCUGUUCAUAUUCCAAGAUAAGUUUUGAAGACCUAAGGAGGAAGAAAAAAAAAGAUGAGAAAGAGGCCAGCCGGAAGUGUUCAGAGAUUAUUAAACGAGACUUAAAGAAAUCGAAAGAACAAAAAAAUAAUUAAAAAAAAAAAGACAAAAAAAAGGUUUGAAAGAGAGAGUUGGCUCGUCUUGUUUGUUGCCUGCGAAACACUUCCGAAAUGACUAUUCUUCAUUUUGUGUUCGAUGGUCGAUGGGUGGUUGGGCCAGCAGCAAAAGAAAACCGUAAGCACCACAGCCAAAUCGUUCAUCUUUUGCCAUUGGACGACUCUGCCCUUAAUCAUGUCCCUUUUUUUUAUUUUUUUUUAUUUUUCUUUUUCUUCUUCUUCUUCGUUUCGGAACAAAAUAGAAACGGCUGACUAUAGCGACUAUACAAACUUUCCCCCUAUUUGCUUCUAAGGCUCUGUUACCUUCCACAUCUUGAAAUGCUGCGAUAGCGUCCGUCUAUUGCUCUCCACAGCCUGACUGACCGAUGGUCAUCUAUGUCAAUGGUCCUCAUUUUUUUUUUCUCCCUAAACAAAAUUUUCUCUCCGCUUCGUGUCAAAAUUUUUAUUUAUUUAUUUUGCCUUCCGCCAUUGGCCUAGAAUUUCUGUCUCUUGCUCCCCGUCCCUUGCUCUCGGCCCCCUUUUUUUUGCUCCCCGCUCGAGUCGCUAUAGUCGAGCGAUCUACCACGCAGAUCUGACAGUUUCUUUCGUCGUAGGACAUCAUUGUCUUCCCGAAGAGUUUAUAUCGAGAGUGAGGUUAAAAAAUCGACUGUGAGAGAAAGUGAAUGGAUGUGAUCAAAAAGGCUACAAAUGGUUCAAUUCCCGCCCCGAUUCACGAGAAUUGGUUCUUCCCGUAAGGCGUCCAUUUAAAGCCUAGUCAGCUCAAGAGACUUUUUUUUUUCCCUUUUUUUCUUCUUCGUCUUCUCUGCGUGUAGGUUUCGUGUCGGAAAUAGGGAAUGGAAAUAAAAUUGUUGAGGGAAGGACCAUGAUAUUAAUUCAUGAAGAAUGAAAUGAGAAGUCAAGUGUGGCGCAGUAUAAUUUCUCGACUCUCUAUGCCAACAAUUUUGCUACAGUGCAUCUCUUUCACCAUGUUUCUUGUACACUUCUAAAGUUUUUUCCAACACUUUGCGUGCUCGGAGGGUGGUCCAAAACAUCGGCGAAAAGAUUUCAGAAAACGGAAGAACUGAAAUUCAAGAAACGUUCGUAAGGAACAAAAUCACGUCAUAUUCUUUAUUUUUUUUUUUUUUUUUAAGAAUCAGUUCCCUCCAUCAAACAAAAUGUAUCCAUCACCUCUAUUUCUAAUCUAACCGCACUUUCGCCACCCCCUGCGGUGUAACACCGACAUGGUUCUCGUGUAAUUUCCCUUUCACAUCCCGCCAUGCUCUCCGAUUUAUUAUUAUUUUUUCUUCAGAGAUGGCAAAUCCAUUUCUUUAUUGUAAUUUUUUUUUUCGAUAUCUAGAUUCACUUCAAAUCCAUCUUGUGUUGAUGAUAUGAUUUUUGUCUUUUCACUUCUUCCCCAUUCUUCCUCUCAAUACGUGUGAAGUCGGCCACGUUUGUGUACAGAUGUGUCUUUUUUUGGUAGCAUGUGGAACAAUACACUGACCUUUUAUGA